AUGGCUGUCAAGAACAAAAACAGUUUGGGAAUGGCCAACUACUGGCGCACAGCUCUAACUGAGUAUGAGAGUGUGCCGUUCCCGAGGCUCCCACCAUCCAUAGACACGCCAGUGCCAGAGGAGGUGAUUGAACACCCUCUCCCAUGCGUUCGGGAUAGUGUCGUCGACACUACAGUAUCGACUCUAUUUCGUGCUGCCUGGGCGCUGGUUGCUGGAACUGCAAGCAAUUCCGAAGAUGUUGUGUUUGGCGCCGCCGUCUCCUCUCGGGAUGCAAAUGGUGAUGUCAACACCGCGCCAUCUGCAACAGUUCCUGUGCGGGUGAAGUUGGCCCGCGACGACAAAGUGUCGGAAUUGUUGAAGAAGGUCCAGCAGCAAGCGACAGAGAUGAUCCCGUUUGAGCAAACCCGUCUGGAUCAAAUCUCAAAGGUAUCCUCCGAGGCUCGACAGGCCUGCGCCUUUCAGACGCUGCUUGUCCACUCGAACGAGAACCACGACGCCGAGAACGCCAUCCAACAGCAACCGAACUACAAUCACGCUCUAGUGAUCGAGGCCCAGCUUGGCCUGAACAAGCCCAACAUAAGAGCCAGCUUUGAUCCCAGGGUCAUUAAGUCGUGGCAAGUGAACACCCUGCUCAAGGGACUCGAACAUGUUAUGCAACAACUUCAUCGUGCCGUCCCCCAGCAGACAUUGGCAGAGAUCGAAAUGAUCGUUCCCCAGGAUUUAGAGCGGAUCUGGGAAUGGAACAAGACGGUUCCAGCCGCCGUUGAUCGAUGCGUUCACGACAUCGUCGAGGAGAUUGGGCUGGCUCAGCCCAGUGCACCAGCAGUGUCGGCCUGGGACGGCAAUUUGACCUACCGAGAGCUCAAUAAGCUCGCAACAAGGUUAGCAGGCCAACUCGUCAACCUUGGUGUUGGCCCUGAAGUGCUGGUGCCGCUCUGCUUUGAGAAGUCGGUGUGGACAACUGUAGCCAUCCUCGGUGUGCUGAAGGCCGGCGGAUCAUUUCUGCACCUCGACUAUAAUCUUCCCGAACAACGCCUUCAGUCCAUCACUCAGCAAACAAAAGCAAAGGUUAUCCUAUGUUCGGAUUCCAAUGUGGCUUUGAGCUCCCGUCUCGCGCCAAAGGUCAUCACCAUCAACUCCAGUUUCUUUACAAAUUUGCAGAGUCAGCCAAGCAAAGAACUGCGCCCAGUAGACCCGUCAGCGACAAUGUACAAUGUCUUUACAUCAGGAAGUACUGGAACACCUAAGGGUGUAAUCAUUUCUCACCGAAACCUUGCUUCCGCUCUGCACCACCAAAAGCAGAGUCUUGGAUUCACCUCAGAGUCAAGAGUUUUCGACUUUUCUGCAUAUUCAUUUGACAUGUCCGUCUACAAUGUCUUUACUACUCUCACUGCAGGCGCUUGUCUAUGUGUGCCAAGUGACCAAGAUAGGCGAGACAGGCUAGUAGAGAGCAUAGCUUCCUCUCGGGCCACUGCUCUCAUCACCACUGCCUCCGUGGCCCGAACUCUAUCUCCUGAAGACCUCCCUGAGCUCCAGUCUAUGACUUUUGUUGGCGAGGAGAUCCGUGUCAAUGACGUGAAGACUUGGUGGGGCAAGGUCCGAGUAAUCAACGGAUACGCUCCUGCUGAAUGCACUCCUCUUUGCCACCUGAACGGCACUGCGCCCAAUGCUGAGGAGGCUGUUCGACUGGGAAGGGGAAGAGGAGUCUCGACUUGGAUUGUGGACCCCAACAAUCACAACCGUUUACUGCCUCCAGGCUGUGUUGGAGAGAUCCUCCUCGAAGGACCCCUUGUCGGCCAAGGCUAUCUCAACGAUGCGGAAAAGACGGCGGCCGCAUUCAUCCAGAACCCAACUUGGCUACUACGAGGUGCACCAAACAGACCAGGGAGAUCUGGCAGGCUUUAUAAAACCGGAGAUCUCGGCCAGUACGACCACGAAGGAAGCCUGAUUUUCGUAGGCCGAAAGGAUACCCAAGUCAAGAUCAGAGGUCAACGAGUUGAGCUCGGAGAAGUAGAGCACUGGGUAUUACAGUGUAUGCCCGAGGCUUCAUACGCCGUGGCAGAAGUCGUUGUGCCCAAAGCUAAAAGCGCAACUCCGGUGUUGGCUGUGUUUCUUCAGAUCGAUUAUCUGGAGGCGUCCGACUCCACACCAGCAACGAUUCUACCAAUUCCUGCCCAUAUUGAGGUGAAGCUGAAGGAAUAUUUGCCAAGCUACAUGGUUCCGUCAGUCUUUUUUGCCGUCACGGCCCUUCCGAUGACAAGCAAUGGAAAGCUGAACCGAGGAAAACUGCGAGAGAUAGGCGCGUCAUUCUCAGCCCGCUUGCUGGCUGAGGCGCGCACGAGGGGGCCAAAGAGACAACCGACUUCGUCCGCCGAGCAACAUAUACAAGCAAUUUGGGCUCGGAUCCUCGACAUGGAGCCUGGAAAAAUCGGCCUGGACGAUAGCUUUUUCCGCCUUGGAGGCGACUCUAUCGCCGCCAUGAGAGUUGUGCGUGAGGCUCGCGAGGUUGGCAUCGAGCUGUCUGUGGCCAACAUCUUUCGUCAACCAACGCUCCACAAGGUCGCUAGCCAGGCUGUCCAGGUGGAAAACAGCUCUACAGAGCCAAUCUUGCCAUUUACGCUCCUCGGUGAUGGAGUUGACACCACUUCCCUGAUUCUAGACCUAUCUGCAGAGUAUGGACUUGAGGCAACCAGGAUACAGGAUGCUUAUCCCUGCACACCUCUUCAGGAAGGUCUUGUAGCGUUGACGUCGAAGCAAAGCGGCGAUUACAUCCUGCAAUCUACACUAGAACUACCUGCCGACAUUGACAUUGACAAAUUCCGAAAUGCAUGGCAGCAAAUAGUCAAGGCAAUCCCGAUCUUGCGCACACGCAUUGUGCAGCAGUCUCUUGGUCUCGUACAGCUGGUCUUGGACGAAGAGAUCCACUGGACAGAAGCAAGCUCAUUGAAGGAGUAUAUCGAAGACGACCGAAAACUGCCCAUGGAUCUAGGACACUCCCUCACACGUUAUGGUCUUGUGCAAGAGGCGGACACUCGAUCUUUUGUCUGGACGGCCCACCACGCUCUGUAUGACGGCUGGUCACUCCCGCUGAUUAUGAAGAUGGUUGCUCGAGCGUAUCGUGGCGAGGUUAUCAAGGAGCCUCCUCCCUUCAACGCCUUCGUCAAGUACAUCGAGGAGCAAGACGAGAAGACAAUGACGGAUUACUGGCGACAGUCUCUGGGUGAUUGCAACUCUGCACCAUUCCCAGCUCUGCCGCCAUCUGUCCAGCAGCCAGUCGCAGACACCUUCACAGAGCGCCUGGUUUCACUUCCCCAACAAUCCCGCGCGAUUACGGCGUCAACACUCAUCCGCGCGGCAUGGGCUUUGGUGACUGGAUCCAUGACCAACUCUGACGAUAUCGUCUUUGGUGUUACAGUUUCUGGCAGGAAUGCUCCUGUUCCCGGCAUCGAUGAGAUGCCAGCUCCGACAAUUGCCACAGUCCCAGUGCGCAUCAGGUUGGAGCGAGACCAGACCAUCUCUGAUUAUCUUGAAACCGUACAACAGCAAGCCGCAGACAUGAUUCCUUUCGAGCAAACGGGUCUGCAGCAAAUUGCCAAGAUUUCUCCCGACAGCAAGCAAGCGUGUAUGUUCCAGACUUUGCUUGUUGUCCACCCCCAGGAGGAUGAUGCUGUGGAUGUGAUUGGGAAACCCCAAGAUGGCAACCAAGCCGAGUCUGUCAACACGUAUGGCCUGGUCCUUCAGCUGCAACUUUCCGGGGAUAAGAUUAUGGCCACAGCUAGCUUUGACUCCAGGGCUAUCGAGUCAUGGAUGGUGGAAAGAUUGAUCAACGCACUCGAACAUGUCAUGCAGCAGCUUGACCAUUCCAGCCCCGACCAGGCUCUGGCGGAUGUUCAGUUGGUACCGUCACAGGAUCUGGAGCAGAUCUGGGAUUGGAACAGCGCUGUUCCUGAACCUGUCGAGCGAUGCGUCCACGACUUGGUCUCUGAACGCGUCCAAAAGCAGCCCAACGCCCCAGCUGUGUGCGCUUGGGAUGGCGAGUUGACCUAUGCCGAACUCGACCAUCUUUCUACUCGGCUGGCAUCCCAGCUUGUCAGCGCCGGAAUCCAGCCAGAAGUCCUGGUUCCGCUUUGCUUUGAGAAGUCAAUGUGGGCGCCGGUCGCUAUGUACGCCGUCCUCAAGGCGGGAGGUGGCUUUGUACUCCUGGAUUCGUCUCUACCGGAGCAGCGACUGCAGAGCAUUGUCCAACAGACGAAUACUAACGUGAUCUUGUCGUCGACCGCCAACCUAGAACUCAGCUCGCGGCUGUCAAAGACAGUUAUCCAGGUUGAUGCAGACUCGAUUUACAAGUACAGGCCGGGGAAAACCCAAACGCGGCAUAUGCAGUCCUCUUCGACUGCCAUGUAUGCAGUUUUCACAUCUGGCAGCACUGGCACGUCUAAAGGGGCGGUCAUGACACAUACUAACUUUUCUUCCGGGGUAACGUAUCAAGCACAGGUUCUGCGGCUUUCUAAGGAUUCUAGGGUCUUUGACUUUGCAUCUUACGCAUUUGAUGCCGCGGUGCAGAAUGCCUUUGCUACUUUCGUGACGGGAGGAUGCCUAUGCAUCCCAGCUGACACAGAUCGCAGGGAUAACGUUGGCAAGGCUAUGCAGACUAUGCGAGUGACUGUCGCAGAUCUGACGCCCUCGGUGGCACGCCUCAUCGACCCAGACGCAGUACCAGACAUGGAGACGAUCAUCUUGGGCGGAGAGGCUGUCUCCGUUGACGAUGCUACUCGCUGGUGGGGAAAGGUCCAUGUGAUUAAUGCCUACGGACCAGCCGAGUGCACCAUCAUGAGUACGCUCAAUGCCAACCCUGCUACUCCUCAAGACGCCGUCCGUAUCGGAAAAGGAGCGGGUUUGGUUACUUGGGUUGUCGACCCUGAGAAUCACGAUCUGCUGCUCGCUCCUGGAACAAAAGCAUUUAUCGACGACCCUAAGUGGUUACUUCAGGGCACUCCUGGCAGAAAAGGGCGUCGAGAGCGACUGUAUAAGACCGGUGACUUGGUCCAAUACAGCAAGGACGGCAGCUUGACCUUCAUGGGACGCAAGGAUGCCCAGGUCAAGAUUAGAGGUCAGCGAGUCGAGCUCGGAGAGGUUGAAUACCAGGUGCAGAAGUGCAUGUCCGACGUCGAGAAAGUUGUGGCUGAAGUUAUCACGCCACAAGGAGAAGGCUCCAGGCCGAUAUUGGUUGUGUUCCUUCAGAUGAACAAGAAUGCAGAAACCAACGGAUCGAUAAUUAACGGAUCGCACUCUGCACCAGCUAAGAUGAUCUCAAUCCCUGUCAACGUCGAGGACCAGCUUUCUCAGCAUCUCCCCGUCUACAUGGUUCCUACCGCUUUCUUCGUUAUGGACGACAUCCCGAUGACAGCAACGGGGAAAAUUUUCCGGAAACAACUACGUGAAAUCGGAAGCUCCUUUUCUGCCCAGCAGUUGGCCGAGAUGCACACCAAGGGACGAGGCCCGAAGCGAGAACCAACAACUGAGGGAGAGCGCCUCAUGCAGAAGAUUUGGUCUGAAGUCCUCAACAUUGACGCUAAGACCAUUGGGCUUGACGACAGCUUUUUCCAACUUGGAGGCGAUUCUAUUGCGGCAAUGAAAGUGGUCGGCGAGGCCAGAAAGGCUAGCAUUGAAAUAUCAGUUGCUGAUAUCUUCCGCUGCCGCAGACUACAACACGUCGCCAGCCAGCAGCGUUCCAGCCAAAGUGAACUUGAAAAAAUUACCAAAGCCGAGAUAACGGGUCCCUACGAGCAAUCAUUCUCCCAAGGACGCUUGUGGUUCUUGGAUCAGCUACAUUCUGGUCUGAGUUGGUACAUCGUCCCGUGUGCUCUGCGGCUUCGAGGACCGCUUCAGCUCAGCGCGCUAAACACAGCGCUACAAGCGGUCGAGUGCCGUCACGAGACCCUCCGAACCGUCUUUUCAUCUCAAGACGGUGUCAACUUGCAGCACGUACAUCCAUUCCGAAAGAAGCAUCUCAACGUGGUGGACAUGUCGAUUGGUGAUGAGGAAGGCCUCAUGCGUGCGCUGGAACGCGACCAGGUCACUCCGUUUGACUUGCAGACUGAACCUGGAUGGAGAGUGAAGCUGUAUCGAAUGGGAAACCAAGACCACCUUCUUUCGAUUGUGAUGCACCAUAUCGUGUCUGAUGGUUGGUCGGUCGAUGUGCUUCGCAAGGACCUGGCCGCAUUUUACUCCAUGGCAGUUCGAGGACAGGACCCGUUAUCCAAGGCACAGCCUUUGUCCAUUCAGUUCAAGGAUUUCGCUUUCUGGCAGAGAAAACCCGCUCAAGCUGAAGAACAUGAACGACAACUCGGCUACUGGGUCAAUCAGUUGCAAACAAGCCGGCCCGCUGAGAUGCUGUGUGAUAAGCCCCGUCCUCCUGUUUCAUCCAGCAAGGCCGGCGAAGCAUUCCUAAUGGUCGAAGGUCCACUCUAUGAGAAGCUGCAGAGGUUCUGUAAGGAACGCUCGGUGACGCCUUUCACUGUGCUCCUUGCUGCGUUCCGAGCAGCUCAUUUCCGCCUCACCGGCGCAAAUGAUGGCACAAUUGGUACCGCAAACGCCAACCGCAGUCGAUCUGAAGUGAAGGACAUGAUCGGAUUUUUCGUUAAUUUGCAGUGUCUCCGCAUCAAGGUCGAAGAUGAGACUUUUGAUGAGUUGGUCCAACAAGUCCACACAACAACCGUUGACUCCUUCGCCAACCAAGAUGUCCCCUUUGAAGAUAUUGUUUCAAAGCUUAAAAAGGAUAGAGACUUGUCGCGACACCCGCUGGUCCAGAUUGUGUUUACCGUCCAUUCUCAGAUGGAGUUGAACCGCUUUACGCUGGAAGGAGUGGAGACUGAGGCCGUGGCCGUGGCAGAAUCGACGCGAUUCGACCUCGAGCUUCAUUUCUUCCAAGAACAGAAUGCUUACAGGGGACAUAUCCUGUACUCAACGGACCUUUUCAACCCGGAAACGAUCACAAACAUGCUGUCGGUGUUCCGGCGAGUCCUCGAGCUGGGCCUGGACGAACCUGGCACCAUGAUUACGUCGUUGCCUCUGUUAACCGACUACGACUACGCCAAGCUCGAUAAUAUGGGCUUGAUCAAGGUUCCGAAGUCUGCCUUUGCCGAACACUCUAGCAUUGUCGACAUCUUCCGCAAGGGUGUUGCUGCCCAUCCCAACACAAUCGCAGUUAAAGACCCGUCAGGACAUCUGACAUAUGCUCAGCUGGAUCAGCAAUCAGACCUUGUUGCUCGGUCACUUGCGGCAAGAGAGCUUCCUGCUGGAUCGCUUGUGGGAGUAUUUGCACCUCGCUCCUGUGAGACGAUCGUGGCCAUUCUGGGCGUCUUAAAGGCCGACCUGGCGUAUUUGCCUCUCGAUGUUAGAAUCCCAGUUGGGCGAUUGGAAACCGUCUUGUCUUCUAUCGAAGGCCACAAGCUGGUACUUCUCGGUCAUGAGGCAAAGCUCCCGGCGACUCGACUCCAGGAUGUUGCCUUUGUUCGCAUCGCAGAAGUGUUGAAAGAAAACCCCAAGAAGGUCUCCCUGCCCUCACCCACAGCUAGCAGCCUUGCCUAUGUCAUGUUCACUUCUGGUUCAACUGGCCAGCCGAAGGGAGUCAUGAUCGACCAUCACGCCAUUGUCCGCCGAGUUAGAGAGGGCAAGAUGACCGGCUACUUGCCUGACUCGCCUAUCAUCGCUCACAUUUCCAAUAUUGCUUUUGAUGCAGCCACGCUGGAAAUCUACGCUGCCUUAUUCAAUGGCGGAACUCUGGUUUGUGCUGAUACAAUGGUCGUUUUGGAUCACAAAGCCCUCGCCCAAGUCUUCAGCCGAGAGAACGUGCAAGCUGCCCUUUUCACACCUGCGCUACUGAAGCAAUAUCUCCUCGAGUCGCCGGCUACCAUCCGUCAGUUGCACAUCCUAUGGGUUGGUGAUCGGGCCGAUCCGCAAGACAUGAUCAAAGCCCGGAAGCUCGUGAAAUCAAAGGUCAUCAAUGCCUAUGGUCCCACCGAAAACACCAUUGCCAGCGCUGUGUACUGCUUAGACGAAAACGAGCAGUAUACCAACGGUGUUCCUAUCGGUCAAGCGGUCCGCAACUCCGGCGCCUACGUUAUGGACGCACAGAUGCGUCUGGUGCCUCUUGGCGUGGUGGGAGAGCUCGUUGUGACAGGCGAUGGUUUGGCGAGAGGCUAUUCCGAUCCCAAGCGAAAUGUUGAUCGAUUCGUGUCCAUCACGAUCGACGGAACCCCGACCAGAGCGUAUCGCACAGGAGAUUACGUUCGAUGCCGGCCGGUAGACGGGCAGCUCGAGUUCUUUGGCCGCAUGGACGGACAGAUCAAGAUUCGCGGCCAGCGUGUCGAGCUCGGCGAAAUUGAACACGUUCUUCGCAGUCGUAACUCUGUCAGCGAUGCUGUGGCCAUUCUGCAGAGUGGAGAUGGCAGAGAUCCGCAAAUCGUUGGAUUCGUCACGAUCCCGGAUGUCCCUGAGCCCAGUAAUGGGAAAUCAGAUGAUCACGAAGAAACCGACCACAUGGAAGUUUGGGAGGACGCUUUUGACGAGGAUUUAUACGUUGGCAUUGACGAUGUACAGCCCGAGACAGUGGGCCGAGAUUUCAUGAGCUGGACGUCUAUGUAUGAUGGAAGCGACAUCGACAAGACGGAAAUGAACGAGUGGCUAGACGACACUAUCGAGACGAUUCUCAACGGAGGUCCAUCCGGAAACAUCCUCGAGAUUGGAACAGGAUCGGGAAUGAUCCUCUUCAACCUGACCCAAGGCCUUCAAAGCUAUAUCGGUCUAGAACCUGCCCAGAAAGCCGUGUCUUUCGUCACGAAAACCGCCAAGACAAUUCCCAGUCUUGCAGACAAGGUCAAGAUGCACAAGGGCACAGCGGUAGACAUCAGCCGACUUUCUAAGUUUGUCUCACCGGACCUUGCCAUCAUCAACUCGGUUGCUCAGUAUUUCCCCAGUCAAGACUAUUUGUUCAGGGCUAUCGAGGAGUUGUUCGAACUACAAAGCAUGAAAACAGUCUUCUGCGGCGACAUGCGCUCGCACGCGUUGUACAAGCAGUUCCGAAUCACCAAGGCCCUGCAUGUCCUCGGCAAGAAUGCGAGCAAAGACGACGUCCAGCGCAAAAUCGCUGAGAUUGAGCAGAGUGAGCUGGAGCUCCUUGUCGACCCGGCCUUCUUCACAGCUCUACCAAGCCGUCUGCCGCAUCUCAUCGGCCAUGUCGAAAUCAUCCCCAAGCGCAUGAAGGCCACCAACGAGCUCAGUUGCUAUCGGUACGCGGCUGUUAUCCAUGCGAAGUCCAAGAACCAAAAGAUUUACGACGUGGGGAAUGAGUGGAUUGACUUUAUGGCGGACAGGUUGGAUCGCAAGUCACUACUCCGUGCUUUGCAAAACACCUCGCCCUCAUCCGUCGUGGCUGUGAGCAACAUUCCGUAUAGCAAGACCAUCACCGAGAGACAUGUCAUCGAGUCGCUUGACAACACUGCGGAAGAGGGACUCGACGGUGACUGGAUACUGUCAGCUCGUGACAAGGCCCGUCUUUGCUCUUCACUCUCUGCCGUCGACUUGGCAGAUAUCGCUCAAGCAGCGGGUUAUAGGGUCGAAAUCAGCUGCGCCCGGCAAUACAUCCAACACGGUGGACUCGACGCCGUAUUCCACCGUCAGACUCCAGCUCAAGGAGAAAGCAGAGUCCAAUUUCGAUUCCCUGUUGAUCCUCAAGACCGACCAGCCCAUACUCUCAGCAGCCAACCUCUUCGUCAACAGCUCAGGCAAAAGGUUCGAGAGCAACUUCAAGAGAUGCUGCGCGCUCAGCUUCCAUCAUACACGAUCCCUAGGGCUAUUUAUAUCCUCGACAAAAUCCCCGUCAAUCAAAACGGUAAGGUUGAUCGCAGCGCCCUUGCGGGCAGUGUCCAGACGCGGACGGGCUUCCGCGGAGAAACUCGACAACCCACGACAGAUGAACAGCGGAAGAUGCAGAAGAUUUGGGCGCAGGUCCUCAACAUGAAUGCUACAAGCAUUGGAAUUGACGAUAACUUCUUCCGGCUUGGAGGUGACUCGCUUGCUGCAAUGAAGGUUGUAGGGCAGGCUCGCAAGGCCGGACUUGACUUGGCUGUUGCCCACGUUUUCCGGCAUCCUCUACUCGGUGAUUUAGCCGAUCAGGGGAUGCAAUUGACGGAUCCCGCCGUUGAACAUAUCUCUCCAUUCGCCCUCGUCGAAAACUCGGUAGACAUUGAUUCUGUCAUUGAAGGAAUCUCCUCACAGUAUCAACUUCCAUCUGGUGCUGUCCAGGAUAUGUAUCCAUGUACGCCACUGCAGGAAGGUCUCUUGUCAUUGACAUCCAAGAGACCUGGAGACUACAUCAUGCAGGAUAUCCUGGAAUUAUCGCCCGAUGUUCGACUGACCACCUUCCAUGACGCCUGGCAAGAAGUGGUUCGACAAAUGCCAAUCCUGCGCACCAGGAUUGUGCAACAUAAGGAUCUUGGUCUCAUGCAAGUGGUUUUAGAUGAGAAAAUCCAAUGGAAUGAGGCGAUCUCACUGGAGGAGUACACCCAGACCGACAAGGAAAACCCAAUGGGACUCAGUCAACCCCUUGCUCGAUACGCCCUCAUCAAAGAUCAAGAAGGCGCUCACUACUUUGUCUGGACACUUCAUCACGCCUUGUACGAUGGAUGGUCGCUUCCCAUUAUCACGCAAGCGGUCAACCAGGUUUACCGCGGGGAGGCGAUCGAUCAAGGCCCUCAGUUCCAAGCCUUCAUCAAAUACAUCAAGGAUCAAAAUGAAGAUGAGACGGCGGCUUACUGGCGCAACGCUCAUCCAGACAGUGAGGCUGUGCCAUUCCCAGCCUGCCCGCCCUCUAUCGAAGAGCCUGUUGCAGAUGAAGUUAUGGAGCAUCAUCUUGCUCGCCCGCGGGAACAAUCCCUUGGCAUCACGACAGCUACCUCGAUCCGCGCCGCCUGGGCCUUGGUCGUGAAGCAGAUGAUCAACUCGGACGAUAUUCUGUUUGGUGUCACGGUCAAUGGGCGUAAUGCGCCAGUUGCCGGGAUCGAAAAUGUGGCUGCCCCGACUAUCGCGACGGUCCCAGUGCGUGUCAAGUUGGACACCGAGCAGAGUGUCUCGCAAUACCUGAAGGCUGUCCAUCUGCAGGCCACAGAAAUGAUCCCAUUUGAACAGACGGGCCUGCACAGAAUUGCCAGAUUCUCUCCAAACACGCAAGAAGCUUGCAAGUUCCAGACGCUUCUCGUCGUUCAACCGCAAGGGACGAGUGUCCCCGAGGAUGCGCUUGGUACCUGGCAGGAUGGCAAUCAACGGCGGAAGUUCAACACCUAUGCUCUCAUGCUAGAGAUUGAACUGGGGCCGCAAAACAUCUUGGCCAGAGCCAGUUUCGACUCGAGGAUCAUCAACACCCAAGUUGUGAGAAACUUGCUUCACCGACUGGAAUACGUCCUGCAGCAGCUUGGAAGCGCCCCUCCUGAGCGGAGCUUGAAAGACGUCAACUUUCUCAUGCCGCAGGACCUCGCCCAGCUUUGGGAAUGGAACAAGAUCCUCCCAGCGCAGAUUCAAAAAUGUGUCCAUGAGCUAUUCGAAGACCAAGCACGAUCUCGACCUAACGCAAUCGCUGUGUCCGCUUGGGACGGCGAGCUGACCUACGGAAAGCUCGACGAGCUCGCCACUGGACUAGCUGGGCAGUUAGUUCAAGCUGGAGCUGUGCUAGAUAUGAUAAUUCCCCUAUGUUUCGAGAAGUCAGUGUGGACUACAGUGGCAAUGCUUGGCGUUCUCAAGGCCGGGGCCGCCUUUGUUUUGCUAGACUCGUCUCUUCCGACACAGCGUCUCCGAUCUAUUGUCCGACAAGCCCAGUCACAGCUGAUCGUAUCGUCUACUGCAAACCUGGCUAUCGGCUCACAGCUUUGCUCUCAAGUAUUGACAAUCUCUCCAGACCUUUUUACAAACAUCAAAAACGGAGCGGUUGGCCAUCUUCCAAGACCUGACCUCGACUCGCUGUGCUAUGUCACAUUUACAUUGGGUAGCACUGGAACGCCCAAGGGCGCGACUCUUAGCCAUGGAAACCUCGCUUCUGCUAUGAGCUACCAAGCACCGAGACUUGGUUUCACAAAAGACUCAAGGCUCUAUGACUUUUCGUCGUACGCAUUCGAUGCUGCAGUUCUCAAUGCCUUUAUGACGCUCGCGGCAGGGGGUUGCUUAUGUGUACCACACGACGAUGAGCGCAAGAGCAACUUGGCACAAAGCAUAGCUUCUUCAAGGGCCAACAUCAUCUUCCUCACACCUUCCGUCGCCCAGCUAAUCUCCCCGGAUCACACGCCUGAUUUGAAGACAAUUAUGCUGGGGGGCGAGGCGCCGCGGCUUGACGACAUCAAGGCUUGGUGGGGCUCUGCGCGAGUUCUCAACGCAUAUGGACCUAGCGAAUGUACUACUUUGAGUAUCAUCAAUGAUAAUGCCUCAAGUCCUGAGGAUGCUAUGAAUAUUGGAAACGGAAUCGGCACUCUUGUUUGGGUUGUUGACGCGGGUAACACUGACUCCCUCCUCCCUCCCGGAUGCGUCGCCAACACGUCCGAGGCCUUCGUUGAGAAUCCAACUUGGCUGCUUCAGGGUGCACCUGGCCGACCUGGUCGCCAUGGCAGACUCUACAAGACCGGCGACUUGGGUAUGUACAACGCAAACGGACAAAUCACUUUCCUUGGGCGGAAGGACGCCCAAGUCAAGAUCCGCGGACAGCGUGUGGAACUCGGCGAAGUUGAGUGUCGCGUGCAAGAAUGUGUGACAGAGGCAACGCAUGUCGUCGCUGAAGUCAUCGUCCCCCAAGGCGAAAACUCGAGCCCUACACUAGUUGCCUUCCUCCAGAUUGAGAACACCACAGAUCAGUCGAAUCAUACUGUUGCGAGGGUUAUUCCCGUUACUGCAGAAGUUGAAGACAAGUUGGCCAGGCAUCUGCCAAGCUAUAUGAUCCCGACUGCCUUCUUCUCCAUGCAGCAACUACCCAGCACUACCUCGGGCAAAAUGGACCGCAAGGCUUUACGCCAAAUCGGCAGCUCGUUUACUUCUAAGGAGCUUGCUGAGAUGCAGGCUGGUGCACAAGGGCCGAAACGGCAACCUACUACACACGUUGAACAUCUCUUGCAAGGGAUCUGGGGUCAGGUCCUCCACAUUGAUGCGGCCACUAUUGGACUGGAUGACAGUUUCUUCCACCUCGGCGGUGACUCUAUCGCCGCUAUGAAGGUUGCGGCCGAGGCCAACAGAGCCGGCAUCUCAUUGACAGCAGCCAACAUUUUCCGUCAUCGUCGACUGCAACAGGUGGCCAGCCAGGUAGCUUCUACUGCAAAUGGCACGUCGCAGGGAAUUCCAAACAUCCAACAGAGCGGACCCGUGCAGCAAUCCUUUGCCCAAGGCCGUCUUUGGUUCUUGGAUCAGCUUUAUCCAGGCCAGACCUGGUACCUGAUGCCGUUUGCAACACGAAUCCGCGGCCCAAUCCAACUUGAUGCAUUACACGCUGCUCUUCAGGCAUUGGAGCAACGCCACGAAACUCUCCGAACUGUCUUUGCAUCCGAGGACGGUGCCAACUUGCAGAAAAUCCGACCUUUCGAGAGACAGGAUUUGAACGUGAUUGGAGUUUCUCACGAGUCAGACGUGCUGGACGCAUUACGGCGUGACCAGACGACUCCUUUCGAUUUACAGACGGAGCCGGGAUGGCGCGUCUCUAUCUACCGCGUCGGCCAAGACAACCAUGUGCUAUCCAUCGUCAUGCACCAUAUUAUUUCUGACGGCUGGUCUGUUGAUAUCCUUCGUCAGGAACUAUCCAGCUUUUAUUCAGCCGCAAUCCAGGGCCAGGAUCCGUUGUCUCAAGUACAACCUUUGCCAAUCCAGUAUCGGCACUUCUCGACAUGGCAGAGGCAACCGGAGCAGCUAGCCGAACACCAGAAACAGCUAGAGUAUUGGACUGAGCAACUCCAGACAAGCCGACCGGCCGAGUUCUUCUGCGAUAAGCCUCGCCCUUCCACGUUAUCAGGUGACGCUGGCGUGGAAGAUCUUGUGCUCGAGGGAGCGCUCUACGACAGACUCCAACGCUUCUGCAAACAACGCUCUGUGACUCCGUUCAACGUCCUUCUAGCUGCAUUCAGAGUUACUCAUUACCGCCUCACCGGUGCAACUGACGCUACAGUCGGAACGGCCAACGCCACCCGCAGCCGCUGGGAGGUCAAGGACAUGAUUGGCUUCUUCGUCAACAUGCAAUGUCUCCGAAUCAAGAUUGACGAUGACAACUCUUUCGACGACUUGGUCCAACAGGCCCAGGAAGUAACUAUUGCUUCUUUUGCAAACCAGGACGUUCCUUUCGAGGAUAUUGUCUCGAAGUUGCAAAAGGAGAGAGAUCUAUCCCGUCAUCCACUUGUACAGAGUGUCUUUGCUGUUCACUCACAGAAGGACCUUGGAAAGCUUACCCUCGAGGGGGUCAUGACCGAGGAAAUGCCCCUCCCUGACACCUCGCGGUUCGAUCUGGAGUUUCAUUUCUUCCCGGAAAACCAAGGUCUUCGAGGCCAAGUGCUGUUCUCGAAGGACCUGUUCAAUGCUGGGACGAUCAAGAGCAUGUUGUCCGUUUUCCACAAGAUUCUUGACGGUGGUCUUCUUGAACCUAAGACUUCUAUCGCAUUAUUGCCCUUGUUGACCGAAGAUGACCAUGCCGCCCUCGACGACCUCGGCCUGCUCCAAAUCGAGACAACAGACUACCCGCGCGAAUCCAGUGUCGUCGAGGUCUUCAGAAACCAAGUUGCUGUCUGCCCUGAGAAGGUGGCUGUCAGGGAUAAUUCCUCGGAGCUGACAUACAGCCAGUUGGACAAGGAGACAGACACCCUUGCGCAAUGGUUAGCAGCACAGUCGCUGCCUGCCGGUACGCUUGUCGGUGUAUUUGCGAGCCGCUCAUGUGAGACAAUCAUUGCAUUCUUCGGUAUUCUCAAGGCCAACUUGGCUUACCUACCACUGGACGUCCGGACUCCAGUACGUCGGCUGGAGACAAUCCUGUCCUCUGCCAAAGGCUGCAACCUCAUCCUACUGGGAACAGAGGCACAACCAGCGACUUCACUGGAGAAUGUCGAGUUUGUUCGCAUUGCCAAGGCUCUGGACACACCAGUCCAAAAGGUUCACCUAUCCUCGCCCUCACCGAACAGUCUGGCCUAUGUCAUGUUCACCUCCGGUUCGACAGGUCAACCCAAGGGAGUUAUGAUCGAGCAUCGCAACAUUCUGCGCCUAGCCAAACAAAGCAACACGCUCCACCACUCGCCUACCACUGGGACUAUGGCUCAUAUGUCCAAUAUUGCCUUUGACGCCUCUACAUGGGAGAUCUACGCUACCCUACUCAAUGGCGGAACGAUGGCCUGUAUUGAUACAAUGACUGUACUUGAUCAAAAAGCUCUAGUGGACGUCUUUGCGCGUGAAGAAAUCCGGAGUGUUUUCGUGACUCCAGCUCUACUCAAGCAAUAUCUUGCCGAGUGUCCUACAAUUCUAGGCUCUUUGCACGCUCUCUACCUUGGAGGAGAAAACGUCGACCCACAGGAUGUCUUGACAACCCGGCGAUUUAUGCACGGAAAGAUCAUCCACGUAUACGGCCCAACAGAAAACACCGGCUUCAGCACGUCAUACUGUAUACCUCUCGGGGAGACAUACACCAACGGCAUUCCAAUUGGUCGAGCCCUUAGCAACUCGGGUGCAUAUGUUAUGGACCCGGAACAGCGUCUGGUUCCACUGGGAGUUCUUGGAGAGCUUGUCGUUACCGGCGAUGGAGUAGCCCGGGGGUAUACCGACCCUCGCCGCGAUGUUGACCGCUUUGUUUCAGUCAGGAUCAACGAUGUGUAUGUCAAGGCGUACCGCACAGGUGACUUUGUCCGUCAGCGCCCGUCAGAUGGACAACUCGAGUUCUUCGGUCGUAUGGAUGGCCAAAUUAAGAUCCGGGGCCAACGCGUGGAGUUGGGCGAGAUCGAGCAUGUCCUUCGCAGUGAAGCCGCUGUCAAUGAUGCCGUCGCCAUCCUUCAGCACGACGAAGGCCGAGAAGCGCAGAUAGUCGCUUUUGUGACGACCAUCGAGGCUGCGGUGCAGAGCAUUGAGCCGGAUAAUGCUAUUCAAACUGAUCGCAUUGACGCCUGGGAGGACCUCUUCGAUACCGAUACCUAUGGCUCUAUCGAAAAGGUUGAUCCAGAAAGGAUCGGCAGGGACUUUGUCGGAUGGACAUCAAUGUAUGACGGGAAUGAUAUCGACAAGGGAGAAAUGAACGAAUGGCUCGACGAUACAAUGACGACGAUCCUGGAUGGAGAUGCUGCCGGACACGUCAUUGAGAUUGGAACUGGAUCCGGCAUGAUUCUCUUCAACUUGGCCGACGGGCUGCAAAGCUACGUCGGUCUUGAGCCCUCUGAGAAGGCCGUUGCAUUCGUCACCAACACGGCCAAGUCAAUCCCUUCCCUAAAGAAUGUCCGUAUGCACAAGGGCACGGCAGUAGACAUCACUCGACUUUCCACCCCAAUAUCCCCUACCCUCUCCGUUAUCAACUCAGUGGCGCAGUACUUCCCUAGCCAGGAUUACUUAUUGCAGGUUGUCCAGGAUCUUCUCCAGCUUACAGGUAUCGAAAGACUGUUCUUUGGAGACAUGCGGUCAUUUGCCCUUUACAAGGAGUUCCGUGUCACUCGUGCCUUGCAUCUGCUAGGGCACAACGCCGACAAGGGAGAUGUCCGGCGAAAGGUUGCCGAGCUGAAGCAAGGCGAACUGGAACUACUUGUCGACCCAGCUUUCUUCACGUCCCUGGCCACUCGGUUACCUGACUUGGUCGAGCACGUCGAGAUUCUCCCCAAGAGGAUGAAGGCGACGAACGAAUUGAGUUGCUACCGCUAUGCCGCCGUCGUACAUGUCAAGAGAAACAAGCCACAUCGCCAGGUCAUCAACGAUGUAGAUGACAGCGCCUGGCUCAACUUCAUGGAGCAAGGUUUCGAUCGGGAAUCGCUAUUGCGCCACUUGCAGCGUUCCUCCCGGUCGUCCAUUAUAGCAAUCAGCAACAUCCCUCACAGCAAGACAAUCUUGGAGAGACACGUUAUCGAUGCCCUCAACGACAAACUAGACGAUUCGAGCGAUUGGAUGGCUUCAGUCAGUCAAAAAGCACAACUCUGUCCCUCUUUGUCUGUCAUCGACUUGGCCGAGUUGGCCGAGGAGGCAGGCUUCCGAGUCGAAAUCAGCUGGGCUCGCCAGCACGCUCUACGUGGCGGGCUGGACGCCGUCUUCCAUCGCUACGAGCCAGUCGACGGCCGAAUCAGGACUUUGUUCAGAUUUCCACACGCACACGAAGGUCGCGCGCCGCAGUCCUUGAGCAGCCAGCCGCUGAAGCAACAAAUCAGACAAAACCUCCGGGAACAGCUCCAGGAGACUCUUCGGGCUCAGCUUCCAUCAUAUACUAUACCCCGGGCGAUCCAUUUUCUUGACGAGAUGCCGGUUAACGACAACGGCAAGGUCGAUCGUCGCAUGCUCGCCGAGAGCGUUCAGAUCCGCACCGCCGAGCGAGGAGUGGCAGCGCAACCAACGUCUGAAGCAGAGCGGCAGAUGCAGAGAGUCUGGGCUGAAGUCCUCAACAUACAGCAAAAGACUAUCGGGUUGGAUGAUAGCUUCUUCCAGCUGGGAGGCGACUCGCUUGCUGCGAUGAAGGUUGUUGGCCACGCCCGCAGGCUCGGAAUUGAGCUCGCAGUAGCAGACAUCUUCCGUUUCCCAUCGCUGCGCGACCUCGCCAAUCAAGGAGCCGAGAUUGAAGUUGACGCUUUAGUUGACAUUCCACCCUUUUCUCUUCUAGGCGAGGACGUCAACACCGCCUCAUUCUUGCAAGACAUCUCGGUCCAGUAUUCACUAGAUCCCCAGACUCUGCAAGACGCAUACCCAUGCACUGCCCUCCAGGAAGGUCUCCUGUCUUUGACAUCUAAGCGGCCUGGAGAUUAUGUGCUGCAGGCAACCCGAGAACUGCCGCGGGAUCUCGAUGUAGAGAAGUUCCGCAACGCCUGGGAGCAAGCCUCUCGUUCGAUGGCCAUUCUACGCACGAGAAUUAUCCACCACAAUACUGUCGGCUUCGCACAGGUCGUGGUGGAUGAAGACACCAACUGGAUCGAUGCCGCCAAUGUAGAUGACUACCUCAGGUCAGACCGAAAACAAGUCAUGGGUGCAGGUCAACGCCUCACACGUUACGCGUUGGCUCGAGGCGAUGAAGGCACUCCAUGGUUUGUUUGGACGAUCCACCACGCACUCUAUGACGGUUGGUUUCUCCCUCAUGUCUUUGGUAUUGUCGAUCGACUAUAUCGCGGCGAGUCUGUCGAGCCAGGGCUUCAGUUCCAGUCCUUCAUGAACUAUCUCAGUCAACAAACCGAAGACCGAAUGAUGGAAUACUGGCGAAGCGUCCUCUCUGGCUGCGAAUCCGUGCCGUUCCCGGCUCUCCCAUCUGUUCAUCAGUCAAUCGCGAGCACAGUUAUUAAGCACCAGUUCCCCAAACCACAACAAGCCUCUAUUAACAUCACAACAUCGACACUGGUGCGCGCCGCCUGGGCCUUGAUUGCCGGCCAGAUGACGCAUUCCAAGGAUGUUGUCUUUGGUGUCACUGUCUCCGGACGCAAUGCUCCAGUCGUUGGUAUUGAGACAAUGGCUGGACCGACAAUCGCAACUGUCCCUGUCCGCAUUAACUUGGCCAGUGAGAGCACUAUUUCCGAGUAUCUCACGUCGGUGCAAAAGCAGGCGACCGAAAUGAUCCGCUUCGAGCAGACUGGCUUACAGCGGAUUUCCAAGUCCUGCCCCGGAGCAAAGCAAGCAUGUGCGUUCCAAACACUGCUCGUUGUUCAGCCACAGAGUGAACUCGGAAGUGCAGAUAGCGUUCUUGGAAGGUGGCGAGACGACAGCCAACAGCAAGGUAUCAACACGUAUCCUCUUAUGCUGGAAGUGCAACUCGGAUCUGGAGACAUCACGGCCAAGGCCACCUUUGACGCGAGGACUAUCGAGCCAUGGGUGGUACAAAAUUUGCUGAAACGUCUUGAAUUCAUGAUGCAGCAGCUCGUAGAAGCUGAUACCGAUCAGGCUUUGUCGGAGAUCCAGAUGGCCACUGCAGAAGAUACAAAGACCAUAUGGGACUGGAACAAGGACGUCCCCGAAUCUAUCGACCGAUGCGUUCAUGAGAUCAUCGAGGCACGCGUACAGAGCCAGCCCGAUUCGCCCGCCAUCUGCGCAUGGGAUGGAGACUUGACAUAUGGCCAGCUCGACUGGCUCGCUGCAGGCCUGGCACGUCGUCUCAUUGACCUUGGUGUCGGCCCGGAUAUGAUAAUCCCUCUGUGCUUUGAGAAGUCAAUGUGGACACCUGUUUCAAUGCUUGCUGUCCUCAAGGCUAGAGGAGGCUUCCUUAUGCUCGACCCGUCACAGCCUGAGCAACGACUCCAGUCUAUUAUUCAACAAGCCAAAGCAACACUUGUGCUCUCUUCCGUCGACAACCAGGCUCUGAGCUCACGCCUCGUUCGCGAAGUAGUCACCGUCAACUCAAGCUUCUUUGAAGCACUUGGUGAAAGAACUACUGAAUACUUUUCCGCCCCCAGCGCGGAAUCCAUCGCGUAUGUCAUCUUCACGUCAGGCACGACAGGCACGCCAAAGGGAGCCGCCCUCACUCACGUGAAUUGUACUUCGGCGUUGCGACACCAGGGCUCUGGAUUCGGCUUGACACCCAAUUCUAGAGUCUAUGACUUUGCUUCCUAUGCGUUCGAUGUCUCGGUUUGCGACUUUUUCAACACCCUGGCGGCGGGAGGUUGCCUUUGCGUCCCAAGUGAGCAAGGGCGGAAGAACGACUUGGCGAAGAGCAUUACAUCUCUCCGAGCCAAUGCCAUCACUCUCACACGCUCGGUUGCUCAGCUUCUGUCUCCAGAGGACAUUCCUACACUCAAGGAAAUCACCUUUAGUGGAGAGGCUCUACAUACUAAGGAUGUGAUUCCUUGGUGGGACAAGGUGCGGGUUCGCAACAUGUACGCUCCUAGUGAGUGUACUUCAGCGACUGUCAUCAAUGACUUUGCUUCCACGCCCGAAGAGAUCGUAAACAUCGGAAGGGGAGCCGGAGUGGUAACUUGGGUCGUCAGCUCAACAAACCACAAUGUACUGAUGCCUCCUGGAUACGUUGGUGAGCUGCUGCUUGAGGGGCCGCUGGUAGGCCGCGGCUAUCUCAACAACCCGGAGAAGAUGGCGGCCACUUUCAUCGAAGACCCGGUAUUCUUGCUGCGUGGUACCCCUGGUCACCCUGGCCGUCGCGGUAGACUGUACAAGACCGGCGAUUUGGUCAGACAAAACGAGGAUGGGAGCUUAACCUACCUCGGCCGAAAUGACGCCCAAGUGAAGAUCCGCGGACAGCGAGUCGAGCUUGGAGAGGUUCAGCAUUGGGUACAGGAAUACAUACCCAACGCCGCCCAAGUUACAGUUGAGGUCAUCGUCGCACAAGGGGAAAAUGCAAGCCCAGAGCUCGCAGCCUUCUUGCAGAUUCACGGCGAUGACUCUGAGACUACGGAAGCUAGGGUCCUGUCUAUCUCUGCAGAGAUUGAGGAUAAGCUCACCGAGCAUCUGCCAGCCUACAUGAUCCCUACCAUCUUCUUCGCCAUGCAGUCACUGCCUUUGUCUCCUACUGGAAAGACAGACCGUCGGCGCUUGCGUGAGAUUGGGAUGAAGAGGCAGCCAACGACGCAGAUCGAGCAGAAGAUGCAGAGCAUCUGGGCCGAUGUGCUUAAUAUUGCCCCAUCAAGCAUUGGACUAGAUGACAGCUUCUUCCGGCUUGGAGGAGACUCGAUUGCCGCAAUGAAGGUGGUUGGCAAGGCUCGAAAAGCUGGGCUUGACUUACAGGUGGCCGACAUCUUCAAACAUCGCAGGCUACACAGCUUAGCCAGUCAGGACAUUAUCUUGCAUGCCAGUGCCAAAGACAUCCCACACUCAGAGCUGUCUGGUCAUGUUGAGCAAUCUUUUGCCCAAGGCCGGCUAUGGUUCUUAGAUCAGCUGUUCCCCGGCUCGACCUGGUAUCUCGUGCCUUGGUCAAUCAGGCUUCGAGGACCGAUCCAACUUGACGCUCUAAACACGGCACUAUUGUCUCUGGAAAAUCGGCAUGAAACGCUACGAACAAAGUUCCUGUCGAUUAAUAACACCAACGUCCAGGAAAUCAUGCCGUUCCAGAAGAAGCAGCUGAAGGUUAUCGAACUCCCAUCCGCUGACGUGGAGGCCGCUCUCGAACAAGUGUUGCAGAAGGACCAGACAACUCCAUUUGACCUAGCUUCUGAAGCAUCUUGGAGAGUCUCGCUUUACCGAUUGUCAAAGGACCACCAUGUACUCUCUAUCGUGAUGCAUCACAUCAUUUCCGAUGGCUGGUCCAUUGACAUCCUUCGCAAAGAGCUGGCCGAGUUCUAUUCGGCCGCGAUCCGAGGCCAGGAAGCGCAGCUUGAACCUCUCCCAAUCCAGUAUCGCGACUAUUCAACGUGGCAAAGGCACCCUGAGCAGGCAGCCGAGCAUCGGCGACAACUAGAUUACUGGACGACACAAUUGCAAACAAGUCGACCUGCUGAGUUCUUCUGCGAUAAGCCUCGACCGGCUACUAUGUCCGGACAAGCCGACAUCCAGGAACUGAAAAUCGAGGGCUCAAUCUACAAUACUCUGCAGGAAUUCUGCAGGAAGCAUGAAGUCACGCCCUUCGUCGUGUUGCUUGCAGCGUUCAGGGCCACACAUUAUCGACUCACAGGUGCCACAGAUGCCACAAUUGGUACCGCAAAUGCCAACCGAAACCGUUGGGAAGUCAAGGAUCUCAUCGGAUUCUUUGUCAACAUGCAGUGUCUUCGACUCAAGGUCGAUCAGGACAACGAGUCGUUUGAGGAUCUGGUCCACCAUGUUCACACAACUACAGCCGAGUCCUUCGCCAACCAGGACGUCCCAUUUGAGGAUAUCGUGACCAAGCUCCAGAAGCCUCGAGAUUUAUCUCGAAACCCGCUUGUCCAAGCUAUUUUCGCUCUUCAUUCCCAAGAGACUGUCGCUGAAUUCGCUUUGGAAGGCUUGGAAGCGGAACCCAUGGGAAUAGGAAUCACCUCGCGCUUCGAUCUUGAGGUCCACUUCGUCCAGGAAGACCACGGGUUCCGUGGACAGUUCAUCUUCUCCACAGAUCUCUUCAACUCGGCGACAAUCAGCAACAUGCGUUCAGUGUUCCACAGCGUGCUUCAACGAGCACUACAGGAACCCAAAGCAGCGAUCUCGGCCUUACCUCUCAUCGGCGAUCACGACUAUUCUGCACUUGAUGAGCUGGGUCUUAUCAAGCUCCAUGAGACCGAUUAUCCGAGGGAGUCGAGCAUCAUCGAUGUUUUCCACGAACAAGUCUCCAUUUGCUCCGAUAGGAUCGCUGUCAAAGACUCCCUGACGCAGCUGACAUAUGCACAGCUAGAUGAGCAGUCUAACCGGACUGCUUACUGGCUGACAACGAAGUCUCUGUCUCCCGAAACGCCGGUUGGCGUGUUUGCUGGUCGAUCCUGUGAAGCUAUUGUAGCCUUGCUCGGAAUUCUCAAGGCCAACUUGGCUUACUUGCCAUUCGAUAUAAAGAUCCCCUCUGGGCGGUUUGAGGCCAUGUUGUCGUCUAUAGAUUCAGACAAGUUGGUCCUCGUUGGGUCUGAUGUUCAACCGCCCAUCGUCAGGCUCAAGGACGUCGAGUUUGUUCCUAUCGCCACCACUCUUCGACACGAACCUCCCAGCAACCUUGCCUUAUCGCCACCUUCGGCUAGCAGCCUCGCUUAUAUCAUGUUCACAUCUGGCUCCACAGGUCAACCAAAGGGAGUCAUGGCGGAACAUGGCAACGUCCUCCGUCUGAUGAAGCAGAGUGACGUCGUCCAGCAUGUUCCAGAGGCUGCUACCAUGGCACAUUUAUCCAAUCUGGCCUUCGACGCCUCCACUUGGGAGAUUUACUCGACUCUGCUGAACGGGGGGACACUCGUCUGUGUCGACAACAUGGUUGUUUUGGACCAUGCGGCUCUUAGCGAGUUGUUCGCCCGAGAGAUGAUUCAAUCUCUCUUUCUCACCCCAGCCCUACUCAAACAAUAUCUCCAGGAAUGCCCCGAUAUUCUGCAUGCCCUACAAUUCUUACUUGUGGGUGGUGAGAGAGUUGAUGCACAAGAUAUAUUCGCAGCGAGGAAGCAUAUGACAGGAACGAUCGCCAACGUCUAUGGUCCGACUGAAAAUACAGCUUUCAGUACCUUUUACGUGGUCCCUGACGAGGAUGCUUGCGCAAAUGGCGUGCCCAUUGGCCGAGCGAUCAGCAACUCAGGUGCCUACGUCAUGGAUUCUCAGAUGCGUCUUGUACCACUCGGCGUUGUUGGAGAGCUUGUCGUAACUGGAGCUGGUCUUGCGAGGGGCUACACCGAUCCUGAAAGAAACAUUAACCGAUUCAUCACUGUGACGAUUGGUGGUGAGAAAGUUCAGGCGUACAGAACGGGUGACUACGCCCGGUAUCGAUCUGAUGGCCAGCUUGAGUGUUUCGGCCGAAUGGACGGGCAGGUCAAGAUCCGAGGUCAGCGUGUGGAGCUUGGAGAGGUUGAGCACGUUCUCCUCAGCCACGACUCGGUCAAUGAUGGUGUUGCGGUGUUGCAACAGGAGGACGACCGAGAGGCCGAGAUUUUUGGCUUCAUCACACUUCGUGAGAUUGGAGAUGGAACUCAACAACUCGACGACGGAAACAAACAUACAGAGGUUUCUGAUGAGCAGUCUUCACAACAUAUGGAGCAAACAAUCCGAGACCAGCUGUACGAGGCGUUCCAGACACAUCUCCCAUCCUACAUGAGUCCUCUAAGCAUCACCAUCCUAGAUAAGAUGCCAGUCAACGCCAACGGAAAGGUUGACCGUCGAGCUCUCGCAGCCAUGGCUCAAUCCCGGACGACCAGACGAGAAGUGAUACGUCAACCGACAUCAGAGCAAGAGCGGCAACUGCAGAGCAUCUGGGCCAACGUCCUCAACAUGGAUCCAGUCGAGAUCGGACUAGACGACAACUUCUUCCAACUGGGCGGAAAUUCCAUUGCUGCCAUGAAGGUUGUGGGAGAGGCUCGUAAGCUUGACUUCCAGCUCCUCAUAGCAGAUGUCUUCCGCUAUCCCAAGUUGCAAGAUAUGGCUAGCCCAGGGGUAUCUCUCACGGAGCAAGUCGGCGGCAACAUUGUACGAACUGAGAAGACUGGCCCAGUUGAACAGUCUUUUGCUCAAGGGCGUCUCUGGUUCUUGGAUCAGUUGUACCCCGACUCCACAGGGUAUCUGAUGCCCACAGCAAUCCGACUUCAAGGGCCACUUCGUCUCGACGCACUCAACAGCGCACUGCUCGCACUAGAAAAUCGUCACGACACCCUGAGAACCGUCUUUUCGACGGAAGGCGGCCUUAGCUUGCAGGAAGUCCAGCCCUUCCGACACAAGGAACUGAAUGUGGUCAAUAUUCCUCCAGGCGAUGAGGAAGUUCUAGCUCGUGCACUUCAUCGUGACCAGUCGACUCCAUUUGACCUACGCACCGAGCCAGGAUGGAAAAUCACACUGUACCGUGUGAGUGAGGACGAGCAUGUCUUGUCUAUGGUUAUGCAUCACAUCAUCUCCGAUGGCUGGUCUGUGGAUAUCCUCCAGAAAGAAUUGGCCACGUUCUAUUCGGCCACCCUUCGUGGCGAGGAUCCUCUAUCAAAGCUGUCCCCCUUGCCUAUUCAAUACCAAGAUUUCUCUGCUUGGCAACGACAGCCAGACCAGGCUAGGGAGCAUCAACGACAGUUAGACUACUGGGUUUCGGAGCUGCAGACAAGUCGCCCAGCAGAACUGUUUUGCGACAAGCCCCGACCAGCUGUCUCGUCUGGAAAGGCAGAUGCGCAACAGCUCGUCAUUUACGGCUCCUUGUUCAAUGACCUUCAAACCUUUUGCAGGGAACGGGCGGUAACUCCCUUCGUUGUGCUUCUCGCAGCCUUCAGAGCGACGCAUUUCCGUUUGACCGGGGCAAUUGACGCGACAAUCGGUAUGCCCAAUGCGAACCGCAAUCGCUGGGAGGUCCGAGAUAUGGUCGGCUUCUUUGUCAACUUGCAAUGCCUUCGAAUCAAGGUCGAGGAAGAAUCCUUCGAAGAGCUAGUCAAGCAGGUCCAAGCCACCACCAUCGCGUCUUUUGCCAACCAGGACGUUCCGUUCGAGGAUGUCGUUGCCCAGCUACACAUAGACCGUGACCUCUCACGGCACCCGCUGGUGCAGAUGGUCUUUUCGCUCAACUCCCAAAUCGGUCUUGGGGAAUUCGAGCUCGAGGGACUUCAGACACAGCUCAUGCCCAUAGCAACGACCUCACGAUUCGAUCUUGAGUUUCACUUCUUCCAGGAAGAACGCAGCCUCCGAGGCCAGGUUAUCUUCCUUACAGACCUCUACAGCAGCCAAACUAUCAGCAACAUGCUUUCCGUCUUCCGUACGGUUCUGGAGCAGGGUAUCCGGGAGCCCAAGACAGCCAUUUCCUCACUAUCACUACUGACGAGCGAUAAUUUCUCAACCCUGGACGAGAUGGGCCUAAUUCAGGUCGAAAAGACAGAAUAUCCUCGAGAAUCAAGCAUCGUCGACGUUUUCCGCAAGGAGGUUUCUACCCAUCCCGACCGGGUGGCUGUCAAAAACUCAUCUGUCCAGUUCACAUACAGUGAGCUAGAUGAGCGAUCCGAUCACCUUGCUCGCUGGUUAGCAAGACGUGCUCUAGCUACCGGAACUUUAGUUGGCGUCCUUGCCAGCCGAUCAUGUCAAACCGUUGUUGCCUUCUUGGGCAUUCUCAAGGCCAACCUGGCUUACUUGCCUUUCGAUGUCAAUAUUCCCAAGGUUCGGCUGGAGAGAGUUCUAUCGUCAAUGGAAGGCCAUAGUCUCGUCUUGCUCGGAGACGCUGUGCAGCCUCCUGUUAUCGACCUAGAUGAUGUCGAGUUUGUCUCAAUUUCAGAUACUCUCGACAACCAGGUACAUAACACGCCCAUGUCUCCGGCUCCAUCGCCUACAAGCCUCGCCUACGUUCUCUUCACCUCAGGAUCUACAGGUCAGCCGAAAGGAGUUAUGGUUGAGCAUCGUGGCAUUGUGCGCCUAGUCAAGGACAGCAACAUGUCACAGCACCUCCCUGAGACUCCAACCAUAGGCCACAUCGCCAAUGUCGCCUUCGACGCAUCAACGUGGGAGAUUUUUGCAGCUCUAUUGAAUGGUGGCACCCUAGUCUGCAUCGACUCUAUGACUGUUUUGGACUACAGUGCCCUAGCAAAUUCCUUCACUCAAAACGCAGUCCAAGUCGCCCUGUUCACGCCAGCUUUGCUCAAGCAGUGCCUACUUGACUCCCCCGUCACUAUCGGCAUGCUUGAGACCCUGUACGUUGGCGGAGACCGGCUUGAUCCUCAGGACAUAGUCACAGCGCAGAGUCUUGUAAAGGGCAAUAUCAUCAACGCGUACGGGCCGACCGAAAACUCCGUUGCAAGCACCAUCUACCCCAUUGAGAAGGGUGAGACGUUUACCAACGGCGUCCCAAUUGGCCGAGCUCUCACCAACUCAGGGGCCUAUGUGAUGGAUCCGCACCAACGCCUCGUGCCCCUUGGCGUAGUCGGAGAGCUUGUUGUGACCGGCGAUGGUCUGGCGAGGGGAUAUACCGACGCUCAACGCGAGUUUGGCCGAUUUGUCUCGAUUAAGCUUGAUGGGAAGCUGUCAGUCCGAGCCUAUCGAACCGGAGAUUACGUCCGUUAUCGACCACUAGAUGGUCAACUGGAAUGUUUCGGGCGAAUGGACGGUCAAAUCAAGAUCCGUGGCAACCGUAUUGAAUUGGGUGAGGUCGAGCACGUCCUCCGUAGCCACGAGGCUGUCAAUGAUGCUGUUGCGUUGUUGCAGCAAGAGCCUGAUCGAGACGCCCAACUUGUUGGCUUCGUUGCAGUGGGGCAGAUUUACGAACAUCAAGCUGCACUCCAGAACCAGGGAGACGAAGAAGAAGUGGAAGGUGAAAAUGAAUUGGAACACGUUGAAGUGUGGAGAGAGCUGUUCGAUGACGACAAGUACGAUGCCAUCGAUGACAUGCAAACCGAGACGAUUGGAAGGGACUUCAUCGCAUGGACCUCUAUGUACGACGGAACUGAGAUCGACAAGGGAGAGAUGAAUGAAUGGUUGGACGAUGGCAUUGAGACUAUUCUCAAUGGAGGACCGGCUGGCAACGUUCUGGAGGUCGGCACAGGCUCCGGUAUGAUCCUCUUCAACCUGACCAAAGGACUGGAGAGUUACGUUGGCCUCGAACCGUCCCAGCGAGCAGUUGAUUUCGUCAUGAAGACCGCGAACUCAAUCUCCAGCUUGGCUGGAAAGGUUCACGUACACAAGGGAACAGCCGCAGAUGUGACGCAACUACCCGGACCGCUGUCUCCCAACCUGGUGGUUAUCAACUCGGUUGCUCAAUACUUCCCGAGCCAAGAAUACCUCUUCAGAGCCGUGGAAGACCUCGCCCAAGUCCAGGGCGUCAAGACAAUCUUCUUUGGCGAUAUGCGAUCCCAGGCACUUUACCGGGAGUUCCUCGUCACCAAAGAGCUGCACCUUUUGGGAGACAAGGCAAGCAAGGAAAGCAUUCAACGGAGGGUUGCAGAGAUGGAAGAGACUGAGCUCGAGUUGCUCGUUGACCCAGGGUUUUUUAUCGUCUUGAAAACUAACCUGCCUGACCUCGUUGAGCAUGUCGAGAUCCUGCCGAAGCGAAUGAAGGCCACCAACGAGCUGAGCUGCUACCGCUACGCCGCCGUCGUGUACAUCAAGAGUCAAGACACUAAGCGGCAAAUUCACGGCAUCGACAGUGACAAAUGGAUGGACUUCAUGGAGCGUAGGCUGGAUCACCAGUCCCUGCUGCAACUUCUACAGGAUGCUGCCAGCUCUUCGUCUGUCGUGGCAGUCAGCAACAUCCCUCACAGCAAAUCCAUCGUCGAGCGACACAUUGUGGAUUCACUCAGCAACGCAGCAGACAAGACCUCUAACAACCGUAACUGGCUCUUUUCCGUCCGCCAAAAGGCUCAAAAUUGCCCUUCACUUUCCGCGGUCGAACUGGCAGAGAUCGCGCAUCAGGCAGGUUACCGCUGCGAACUCAGCUGGGCUCGACAACAUUCACAGCGUGGCGGUCUAGACGCCGUCUUCCACGUCUACGAACCAGUCAAUGGAGAAAGCAGGGUGCUUUUCCAAUUCCCUGAUGAUCAUCAAGGCCGGCCAUCGCAUUCGUUCAGCAGUCAGCCUAUGCGGCAGCAGCUGAAGCAGAAGAUUCGAGGCCAGCUGCUCGACAUGCUGCGUGCGCAACUGCCGUCUUACAUGAUUCCUCAGAUCAUUACGGUCCUAGAGAAGCUUCCGGUUAACGCCAACGGGAAGGUCGACCGCCGGGUCCUCGCAGAGAGCAUCCAAACGCGGACGAUAGGACGAGGCGUGGUCCGGCCACCAACUUCCGAGGCGGAACGGCAGAUGCAGAGGAUCUGGGGCCAAGUGCUGGAAAUUGAGCCGGCUACUAUUGGUCUGGAUGACAGUUUCUUCCAACUUGGCGGCAACUCCAUCACGGCAAUGAAGGUCGUCGGUGAGGCCCGAAAGGUCGGUAUCGCUCUAGCGGUAGCAGAUGUUUUCCGACGCGACACACUCGAAGACUUGGCUCGUCUCCCAACCACCGCUACGCAGAUGGAAGAGGUUGAAGAGGUUGAGCUCAUCGACCCCGUCACCAAGGCAGCUCUCCUCGAGGAGCUUGACUCCUCCGCCGCUAUUGACAUGCACUCUAGGGCAGUCGCCGACAUCUUUCCCCUUACCAAUGCCCAGGCGUUGGGCGUGGCUGAUGCCGUCAGGAACGAACAGUUUGCCAACUAUUUCUUCCUUGAUCUUGGAGCGGACUUGGAUAUUCCCCGCUUCAAGGCAGGCUGUAUUGCACUCCUCGAGAGGCUUCCUAUCCUCCGCGCAACUUUUCCGUCUCUUUUAGGAAAGUAUUGGCUGGUCAUUCCUCAUUAUCUCGACCUACCUCUUCGCAUCCAAGAUGUGGACGACGAUCUCGUCAAGGCCUCCAACGACUUUUGUCUCAGGGAGAGGAGUAACCUUUCGCCAAACGAACCGCCGAUCGAAUUCGUGCUUCUCAGACACAAGGCCCAAGGUAUCCGAUUGAUCUUCCGUCUAUCGCAUGCCCAGUACGACGGUGUUUGCUUUCCUAGCAUCAUCCAGUCGCUCCUCGACAGCUACAACAAGAUGGAGCUGUCUUCUGCUCCGGGCUUCCACACAUUCCUCUCUUAUUCUGCUCGCCAACGGCCCAAGGCAAUGGAACACUGGAGGAAGGUCUUGCAAGGGUCCUCUCUUCAUAAAAUUGAGUCCAACUUGCUCCCGCAGGGCACCAUUCCCGACUCUCAGCCAAAGCGCGUCGUGGUUGAUGUAGACAAACCCCUGCCGCAUCUUCCCGGAAAAAUCACUACUGCCACUCUGGUCAGUGCUGCAUGGGCUGUACUUUUAUCCCACAUCACCAAAGCGCAGGACAUUGUGUACGGCCACACGGUUUCCGGUCGCAAUUCUGCCAUUGAUGGAAUCGAGGAGAUUAUCGGACCAACCCUCAACGUUGUACCUGUUCGGGUCAACCUUGCGACUAUUCGAACGCCCACUGAGCUACUACUCUCUGUUCAAGAUCAAUUCCUCGAUAUCGGAGAAUCAGAUUCGAUGGGCUUCAGAGACAUCAUAGACAACUGCACCGACUGGCCAGCAAAUUCGAUGUUUGACACAAUCAUUCAACACCAGAACAUCGAAGAGCACCCUGAAUUUGGGUUUUCACAAGCUGCAGCCCGAGUGGAGUUCUUUGAAGACCACCACGCAGUCCCACGGAGCCUAAGUAUGGUAUCCUAUCCUUACGUGGAUCGUCUCCAUUUCACACUCGCCGCCAACACGGCUAUAUUAUCCGCAGAGACGGGGGAGAAGAUGAUAUAUUGCCUUGUUACGAUCAUGGAUAGGCUGGCCAGUUGUUCAGAGGUCCCCCUACACUCGUGUUUGGAUGACAUAGAUUUGCCGGUGUAGUCUGCAGCCAUUUUGUUUGUUUUGUCAGUCGAGCUUGAACGCAUCUUACACCGCUAUUUCUCUCUUUCUUCUUCGGUGCCUAACUUAG